ACAACUAGAGAAGCGCGGGAAUCCUCUCUUUUUUUUCUGCCAACUCCACAAGAUCAGUUUUAUAGUGAAGAGUGAUCUCACCAUAUGCGCUGUGGUGGGACUCAGCGUGCCACUACAACAUGCACACAACGACUGCAGCUCCGCUCUUCCCAGAACACCAAACCUGAGGAUACAGGACUUUAUUCAAGAUCGACAGCGGGAUAAUCUGUAAGUUACGCCUCCCUUUUUUUUAAUCUUUUGUGGAGACCUGGGGGGGUUUGGUGCAGGGGACUCGAAGGAUACUGCUGCCUGUUGGUGCACAUAGACGCGCGGGUCCUUGUUGGAUUCAGUCUGCAGUCCACUUACCACCAACUGCAUUGCCACACAGCCGUGGGAAGAGAAUGUGUGUAUUAUGAAACUCUGCGCCCGCCUGGAGCUUUUCUUCUCAACUCUUUGUGGAUCAUCGCGCUUACGUCCGCAUGUGGAGUGCAGAUCAUCACUCUUUGAAACAACUACAAUGUGGUGCGCAAAGUAAAGUGGAGGAAAUGUUGCAUCCGCGCGCAGUGGACGGGCAGGACUGUGACUUCCAGAGCGUGCCCGCCGACCCGUGAACGCCGCACUCGAUGUGGAGCUUGUCGCUGUCCGACGCGCGUGUGGUGCUGAAAUUUGGAUGAUGCCCAGCCUGCGACUGCAGGGCUGCCGCUCCCUGCACCUGAACGAGGACAACGGCCGCUUCAUCCUGCUCGCCGUGCUCAUCCUGGUGUACCUGCUGUGCGGCGCUGCGGUCUUCUCGGCCAUAGAGAGGCCCUCGGAGCUGCGGGCUCACGGCCGCUGGAACGGGACGCUCCUCAACUUUAGUGAGACCUUCAACAUCAGCCUGCAGGAGCUCAACUCUUUCCUGCGGGAGUACGAGGCCGCCAUAGCCGCCGGGAUCCGGGCUGACGCUCUGAGACCGAGAUGGGAUUUUACUGGAGCUUUUUAUUUUGUUGGAACUGUGGUGUCGACUAUAGGGUUUGGGAUGACGACGCCUGUGACAAUUGCAGGGAAAGUGUUCCUAAUUUUUUAUGGACUUCUGGGCUGUGCUGCCACUAUCCUCUUCUUUAACCUUUUCUUGGAGCGCAUCAUCACUCUGCUGGCUGUAGUGAUGAAGGCCGUGAGGGAGAGGAGAAUCAGGAACAGCGGUCUCCUUCCGCCGGGGAUCCGACAUGACUUCUCAGCCUACUCUCUCCCGGGAUGGAAGCCCUCCGUCUAUCACGUGAUGCUGAUUCUGGGACUGUCGGCCAUUACCAUUUCCUGCUGUGCGUCGGCCAUGUACAGCCCAGUGGAGGGCUGGGCCUACUUAGACUCACUCUACUUCUGCUUCGUCACCUUCAGCACCAUUGGCUUCGGAGACUUUGUCAGCAGCCAGAGCGCCGCUUACGAAUACCAAAGCCUCUACAGGGUGGCUAACUUCUUCUUCAUGUUAAUGGGUGUCUGCUGCAUCUACUCACUCUUCAACGUCAUUUCCAUCGUCAUUAAGCAGGUGCUCAACUGGAUGCUGGAGAAAAUGAGCUGUUUGUUUUGUCAACGUUGCAAUAAGGCCAACGCCUUCCUAGGGAGGCGAAAUGCCAUCCGCCCGGGCUCCAGGGGUCGCAAGGGUCGCUUCAACCAUCAGCCAGAAUCAGACGGGCCUUGCGAUAGUGACACUGAGGGACGGAGACUAUCAGGGGAAAUGAUCUCCAUGAAGGACCUGGCAGCAUCAAACAAGGUGUCUCUGGCGAUCAUGCAGAAGCAGCUGUCUGAGUCUGCCAAUGGAUACCCCAGAACGGUCUGCGGCAGCUCCCGCCAUAAUGGUUUCUCUGGGGGAGUCGGGGCGCUCGGCAUCAUGAACAACAGACUGGCAGAGACGAGUAACUCCAGGUAGAACGCAUAGAGAGGCUGAAAACAAAUCAUUCACGCUCCUCUCAAGCCUCACUACAGAAGUUUGACAUGCUAAUGAAAGGAUAACUUGUUAUGCAUGAGAUAUAUCGUUUUUACUCCUCACUGGGAUUACAAACCUGCGGUGAGGAUGGCGGCAUGAAGAGAGAAUCACAGAGCUGAUCUUAAAGCAUGGUGACCAUAUUCUAGACCUAAAGCCCUGAAAUAAAACAAGUCACUAAAGAGCUUGGCUGGAAUCCUUUGGUGCAGUCAGUCAGCUCAUCAGAUGUUUUAUGGCUGAAUCAUUGAGCUGAACAGAAGCCAAGUGAAGCAAACUGCACAGUUUUUACUGUCUUGGGGUGUUGCCAGGUCAUUUGAAUGUACAUAUUGGAUGCUGACGAAAACAAGUAUAACCACUGAAUGAUAUAGCACAUACUGAUCUAUGCAUUACACUUCUCAUGCAUUUUUGCACCAUUUCUCAACCUUCCAUAUUUUUCUCUCCUACCACAUCCUUUUGGUGAUGAUUGAUUUCUUUUCCGGGGGCCAACAGUGAAAAGUGGACUUUCACCGCAUGGCCGUGAUGUAGCUGAUUAAAACAGGGUUGUAGCAUAGGAUGCCUUUCUAUUGCUACACCAACAGGAUACAAAGGGUCAUUUCCUCUCUCCUCAGAUGGAAGAAAGGCAAAAGUUGAAGAAUGAAAAUCUAUUUCAUGUUAGAGAGGGACUGGCUUUCUUAUCAGCUAUAGGCACAUGUUUGAGUGGCCACAGACAUCGACUUGUCGGGUAAAAGAAGGCACCAUCCAAAUCUUUCUUGCUCUCUGCCAUAUGUGUUAGUCUUAACAGUGAGGAUAAUAAAGAGUUUUAGUGUUUAAGUAGUUAUUGAUGGCAAUAUCUUAAAAGUAUUUGCAAAACAAAAUAAAUGAGAAAACAUACCGAGCAUAAGUUGAAGAUGCUGAGGAGAUACAUUCAAGUGCAAAAGCUUGGUCAUAAAUUUGUUUCUGAUUUCAAAAAUUGUCAGAUUCAGUGCCUUGCAAAUGUACUCUUACCGCACUAAAAGUUUAUUAUAGUACAACCACAAACUUCAAUGUAUUUUGUAGGAAUUUUAUGUGACUGACCACAGCAGUGCAUACCUGCAAAGUGCAAGGAAAUUUUUUCAAAUGAAAACUGUUCAGUUCCCUUUAUUCUACCAGGUCAGGAAUAAAGUUAUGAAGAAGUUUAAAGCACUGAUAGAUUAUAAAUCAUAGGAAGCUCUAUUCUAAUCCAUCAUCUGAAAGUUGGAAUUAAUAUUAAUCGAGGAGAGCAUUAAUUGGAAAAGCGGCCAAGACAUCCGUGGUAACUCUUGAGGAGAAUCUGUUCACAAGACAACUAUCAGCUGUGCCCUUUAGAAAUCUAGUCUUUUUGUUUGAAUAGCAAGAGAAAACUUUCUGGAAGAAAAUCUGAAAUAAAUCCUGUUUGCAGUUUGCCAAAAGUAAGACACCAAACAUCUAAAACAAACCUCUGCAACUCCACUUCUCAAGAGCCACUGCUCUGCAACUUUUGAAUACAUUCCUGCUCCAAAACACCUGAAUCAAAAGGCUAAAAUAUAUCCUUGGUAUGUCAGAAAGUUUAGCAAAAACUAAACUCUAAACUCUAAUGACUCUAAUCAUUCUAGUGAAUGAUUAGAGUCACUAAUCAUUCAUUUUAUUCUGGUUUAUUGCAGCAGGGAUGUUGUGGCAUUCGAAGACAGUGCUGCGGUGAGAUGAGACCAAGAUUUAGCUUUUUGGCCUUUAAGCAAAAUGUGCUUAAAUGUGAGACUUAUCCUCGUAAAUAUGGUAUCUCAUGGUGAUACAUGGUGGUGGCAGUAUCAUGCUGUGAAGAUUUUUUCCUUAAGCAGGUACAGGCAAGAUGGAGAUAAAACCAGGGCAAACCUGGAAGUAAACUUGUGAAAGGCAGCAAAACAAGCGAGACAGCUUCACUUUGCAGCAGGACAAAUUUAAACAUACAAUAAGAUUGCUUAGAUCAAAUCAUAUGCAUGUCUUACAGUGACCUAGUCAAAGCCCAGUAUUCUUCAUGAGUCAGAAGAAAUAUAGAACAAUGUAAUUUUCCUACACUUUCACUAAUGCACUGCUUUGUGUUGGUGCUAAGUCUAAAAUCUGCACAAAGAUCAAUAACCUUUGUGCUUUUAAUUUGAAAACAGUUUUAAGGGAUGUGAAUAUUUUUGCAAGACAUUGUACAAAUUAGAAAAAUACCUACCUUAAUUUAUUUGAGGUGAAGGAUCACUUCAGAGGUUGUCAGCUAAUAUAAAAGUCACAUAAAAAACUGAGGAAAUCUUAAGUACUUUUAGAAAAGACUCAGCUGGUUGAAAAAUCACAAAGUAUUCAAAACCAGUGAACCUGGAGCAGAUAAAAGAGAGACAGCGGAGCAUCUCCAGGCAGCAGAGUCUUUCUGUUUUGUGAUUUAAAUAAGAACCGAUGGCCAACACAGAGGCUGAAGGAAGAAAACCUUCUCAAAGAAGUAUUCACACAUGACAAAAAUUUGCAUUCAACUUCAAAUCUUCCAGUAGAUCCAGCAGACUGAGUGGUGUUGUUGCAACUUUUACAGUCCAGCCACACUCUCGUAAAUAUUACAGCUUUGCAAGACAUAUUAAAGAUAGAUUCUCAUUCUUGAUGUUUUAUGUUCACUUCUCUUUAGAGGGACACCUACAGAUUUUUGAUGAUGUUUAGCUUGGGGACUCAGCAUCUCUCUAAGAAAAGGUUACCUGCAGCAAAGUCCCCAAAGCAGGAUCGAUGCAUGCCCACUACCAGGAGCCAGAUGUUUUAUGAAUACCUGCGUUCUUUAUUCUACGGACAAACCUUUGUUUGCCAUAAUUUAAAUCUGAAGCUUUAUUCUUACUGCUCAUGAAAACUAAUUUCAUUUGCUUCAGGAAAAAAAAAUCACCUUAUUGUGAAGGUGCUGUUGGAUAACAUUGAGUCCUCUAUACAGUCUGGCUUUGAAAUUCUUGUUUCUAUGAGAUAUUUAUGUGUUAGAGAUAUGAAGCCAUGCGAUGUUUGAUGUUCGGAAACAUCGACUCAACAGAGGAGGACACAUUUAUAGCUGAACUGUGUUGGUGACAGUGAUGUGGGUAACAGGGGGGGGAGAAGGCAGCAGAAAGUUGCGGCGGCAUUAAUCGACCCCUUCCAGAUCCAGAUUCGUGCUCAAUGCAAAUUUACGGCCACGGGUUCACCCACUGCCGCCAUCUAUCUUCAACAUCUAACGUCCUUCAAUGAACUUUGCGGGGGUUUUUUCUUUCCUGUGUUUCUCCAUCAUCUCUCCUUUGACUUUGCAUGCACUGAAGCAAACCCCUUCCUGCUUUCUUUUCUUUGCAGAUCUGCUGCUCCUGCUCUUACACUGUGAAUAACAGGCAUGUCAUAAAUGUAUAUAUGUAAAGAACUGGAAUGUCUUUUAAAGACCGUUCACAAUAGGGUGUGGACUGAAUUCGCAGCUCUGAGUUUUAGUGCAUAGAUCGGAAUAAUUUCCUUUGCUCCCUAUAGUCUCAACCAAGAGGAAUAGAGAAAAUGACUCAGGUAGUUAAAUUUUCAGGCCUGGCUUUGUUGUUUUUUUUUCUGCAUGCCAUUAUGGUAAAGCCAUAGCUGUAUAUAAAACAGAGUACUGUUUCAAAUCUAUUUUUCUACAUAUAGCUCAAAUAUCUACAUAUGGAACAAAGUCUCUGCUUCAACUUGUCUGUCAUACAGUCACUAAGCAGAAAAAUGGAAUAAAAGAACCAGAAUUUGUCCAUCCUGCAAAAGCACGAAUACGAGAAAAGAAUGAAAGCAAAACAUUUCAAAAUUUACAGAAUUUGUUACGUUUGUUACUGUUUUUCAUUGGAACAAGUUUAUAUUUUAUAUUUCCCCAAAAAACAGACUAAUGUUGAGGUGGAGAUGUGUUAAAGCUUACAGCAGCACUACAGCAAUGAACUUACACACCCCUAAAAUGUUUUAGCAGUCAUAUGAAUUCUGUAUUCUGUACCAAAUUACACAUUGAAUCUAGUGAUACUUUCCCUGGUGUAAUUUGUCUCCAAGGGUUAGAAGGAGUUGAAUUGCUGACACCUCUUUAAAACAAUCAAUACAAAAUAAAUAAUGUUAUAUAUAAAUCUUCACCUUUCCUCUAAGAACUAAGGUUAAAGUGGCAGAGGUUUCAUUACUUUCUUCAACAGUACAUCUAUAUAAUCAGCUGCUGUGUAUCCAUAACCUUACUCUCUAAAAGGAUGACAUUCUUUAGCAUUUUGUGCCCUCAGAUCAUACUACACAUGACUGAAAAAGAUACUACUUUGAAUUAUUUCUUGAAUAUAGGCCACUGCUCUACUGAAGAUGCUGUUUAAAUAAAUAUGAUCAUGUUUUAAUCUGUAUUUUUCCUGAAACUGAAACACGUCAAGCUUUUAAAGAUACAAGCAGUGGCACUCAGAUAUUUGUAUAGACUCAUCAUGAUAUGACUACAGCGGUUUAAUGAUUUUUAUUGUCAACAAAAAACACAAAAAUGCACCUUAGAUGAUUUUUAAAAGCAGGAAAUUUACUUUGAACUUAUUGUGGAUUUUCUGUAAUACACACAGUAAAAAGAAUUUUAAUAGAUGCUUGAAUAUAUACACAUUAACCCCACUAAUCAAAAAUGUUUUUGCAAUCAUCAACCAGGUCCUGGUGUAAUUUUGGCUAAAUAUUUGACCAUUUUUCUUCUCAAAAGUGGUAGCACUCAUUUAAAAUGGUUACCUUCAUGACAUAAAUUUGACUUUUAAGCAAAACCCUGAAGAUUUUUAAUUUGUUUGAAGUUGGGCCGGUUCCAGAAACUUAAAUGUUAGCAUGCUACAUCCUUUCCAAAAGCAGCUUGAGGAUUUAAAGGGACGUAUUGUGCAAAAUGUACAUAUAUUUUCCACAAAAAAGCAAUUUUCUACUGCUUCAAAAAAACAACAACAUAAGAGCUUAAAAAUCCCACACAGUCAGUUUUGGGCAAUAAAUUGAUGUAUUUUGGGAUCUAGAAAAUAAGACAUUUCAAAGACUGUGUUCAGACUGCAGCCUGACAUGACCCAAUUCCAAUUUUUUUGUCGUAAUGCGACCUGUAUCUGAUCUUUUCAUGACAGUCUGAACAACAAGGGUCAGAUUUUUUUUCCUGAAUGCGACCCAGGCCAUUUGGAUAUCCGAUACGUAUCUGAUUCAAAUGUGAUCUAAAGUCCAGUUCGCAUUCAUCCAACCUGAACCUCAUUGAAACUUGACAAACGUCAUACUGAUACUCGCAAGCGAGAAGAAAAACAACAACCAUGGAGGUCCAUAAUCAGGAUAAAGUUGUUAAAGUGCUGCCUCCAGUUGGCCAACCACUUCAAAAUCGUAAGCUGUCCUCCACCUCCAUGUUUACUUCCACAAACACUGAUUACGUGUGAAGUUACUGCGCCCUCUACUGCGCAAUGCGGGACACUUUCAACUUGUCUGCAGUUCACACUUUAGAACACAUAUAGGUCACAUAUAUUUGGAAGUGUGAACGACCACAGCAAAAAAAAAAUAAAAAAUAAAAAUCUGAUUUGAUAAAAAAUUGGAAUAGGGUCACUUCAGGCUACAGUGUGAAUGUAGCCAAAAACCUAUGGAAUGUAACGUUACAAAUCACUGGCAUUACCUAGCAACCCCAGUGAAGCCCAGUCCGUUGCCUAGCAACCCCAAAAGCUCCAGGACAUUUGGUCAGCAGAGAGAUCUUAUUAUCUCAGAAAGAUUUUGUGCAAGAAAAUAUAAUGAACAUGUUCCGUGUUGCCCACAGACCUGUUCUAACCUGUUCCAGGGAGCAUAAUUGCUCACCUUUAAGUUGUUAUUGAUUAAUUUGGAGGUGAUCUAGCAGCACUGAAACACUAAAACAGACACUCAGGAUGAUGCAGCCACAACCUUGCAUAUGUUCUCAAGUUUGAAAACCUCAGCUUUCGCACUCCAAGCUUUCUUCUUGCCACUGUGGUCAAACAGCCCAAACUUUGUUUCAGAUGACCAUAAAUCAUUUAUCUACCUGGAUAGCUUUUGUGAUUCAUCUAAACAUUAAUAAGGUUCAUUUAUCCAAGGAUAAUGGGGUGUGUGUAUAUAUUUUUAGGCUGUAUUUAAAAUUCAAAUCCUGUAUGGCUUUAAAAAAGAAAAGCCAUACAGAAUAAUUUAAAUUUUGAUUAUUCUUUUGUGUAGCAAUUCCACCUAAAAAAAAAAGAACUGUUCAAAUCAAUCAACAGAGGCUUGAAAUUAAAAUGUCAUUCAGGUCUAUGGUGAGUGUAUAUAGACUUCUGGCUGAUGCUGUAGUCAUAUCAAGAGUAACAUUUGGUCACCUUAUAUGCAUGUGUGGCUUUAAAUCAAUUGCCUUACAGAAGUCAUUGCAUAUAACAAACACUUUUCUUUUUUAUGACAAGCAGAGCUUGUGCAAGUCGUACCUCACAAUCCUUUUGCAGUUUGCAAAAUUGAUUUCCAUUGAUUACAAUGGUUCUAAUGGCCCUGCUGUUCACUGUAUCUUCUGUGAGAGAAAACGGUUGGUCUUUAAGAGUCAUUUGUGUUUGGCUGCAACAGGAACGCUUCUGAAUUUGGAUAUCAAUGUGUUUGCAUUUUAAUUAAUUUAUUCAGGUUCUCAAUAAACCCUAUAAUUAAAGCGAGACGAUGCAAAAUUCAAAAGUGGGAGCCGCAACUUGCCGCACAACAAAACAUGCCCUGGUGGCAGUGCUGCAUGAGUUGAAGCAAAGUUUUCAGUGUUAAUUCAGGCUUGUACUGUUGGAAAUGAUCACUGACACUGUUUAUUUCCUGUAAACACAUAUUGCGCUGUAUUCACACGGCUCCGUAGGCAGCGGCUCUUCAUUAAAAUGUCAUGCUUCCGUGGCAAGUACGAUAAUAAAACAAUUAGCUUGACAUGGAAAAAAAGGCUGGAGAUGCUGUUAGUAUGUAAUUUGUUGACAGAGCGGUUGACAGAGUGGUGGCAGAAUUAUCUUUUAUUUAGCAUUUCCCUCCAUAAUCACAGUGUGAUGCAUAACAAUUUGCUCUCUUGGAUUUCAGCGAAGAAAGAGCGUGCUAGCUUCUUAGUGCUCAUGACAUUAAGUUGGUUGAAAGUCAUAUCUGUUAGAUUUAUUCUCCACUGAACAUGGCUGCUCAAAACUUUAAACUUUAAUUUUCCAAAUUUAAAGGACAUUUGUGACUUUUUCCUUCUUCUUUUUCCCACAAAGGUAGAUGAUUUGGAGCCACACUCUUGAUUUAGAAACUCUGCCAUCUUACUUUAACCUGUGACUGUACUCACCUCAGCACCAUUUCAUACCUCAGUGUGUCUCAUGUUGCUUGCUUCAUGCUGUAACAUCCAGUUAAUGUAUGCAAAUUAAUUCAGUUUGCAAGUUGCACAUUUAUACAAAUGAUUGUACUUUUAUAUUUAUGUAACGGAAAAUGAAACCUAUAUGAGAUGAGAAAGGAGUUACAUUAAAUGAUAAUGAUACUGAC